AUGAGUAACCAUGAUGUACAAUUUACUUGUUAUUGUUCAAUUUGUAAAAAACAACAGUAUUUUCUCGUUCCUAACCCAAAAAUUAAAACUACUCGAUUAUGUGUUCUUAUACUCUCUUCACUUAGAUGUCUUAAACCACUAAAUGAAUAUUUUCAAUUAAAAACAGAUAUUUAUGAUUUUAUUACAGAUCAUUGGCAUUUAUUAGGAAGAUUAAAACUCUGUUUAGGUUUUUAUAAAUUAAAGAAUAAAUAUGAUAAUAAUGCUUCUGAAAAGGUUGAACUAAAAACAGAAUUAUAUCAACAAUACGAAGAAUUACAAAAUAUUUUAAACACAAAUAUGAAGAAGUUAUGUUUAUUAUAUAGAAAAGGAUUUAAAUCAGAGUUAUUUACAAAUAAUAAUAUUUGUUCACUUGUUGAUGCUCAAAUUACACAAAUUCGUCAUAUUGGUAAAAUGAAAUUAUCUAUUUGUAAUUUAGAUUAA